AUGAGCCAGCUACCGGUCGAUUAUGAGGCGGACACUCGUCAUAUGGUGCAUGAUUUUGAAGAUGAAGAUGAAGACGACGAGGAAUUUAAUUUCAAGUUCAACAGAGACAUGGAUAAUGAAAUUGUCACAAACGCCACUGAAACUUUGAAAUCAGUCUUUAAUCCUGAAGACGACAAAGAUGAAGAGACCAGAGACGAAGAGUCUGCUGGUGGAUUUGCUUUCAACUUGGCUGAUUCGGAUAUUGAAGAUAUCGAGCCAGUAGAAGAAGAAAUUGUUCUAAGAGCUUCUAUUGUUGCUGAUGUGGAGGAGCAGGAGACUGAAGUAGAACCUCAAAUUAAAUUGAAAGCUCUUUUCUUCCCACAUUUUGAUUCGCCGUUCUUAGUCGCACAAACGCAGUUGAACAAGUUGAUUUCUUAUAACCCAAUGAAUAACUCCAAUUACGAAUCUAUUGUUAACUGGAAGAAAGAUUUCAAUGACAAUAGGGUAGAGCUUAUGAAGGGAUUCAAGAGACGGAAAAGAGAUGUAAUCCGUCAUAAUACAAAAAGGUAA